GACUUCUUCAACCAGGUGGACCCGGAGCCCGAGUAUGGCCGCGGGUAUGGAGUGCCGCCAAGGAGGGACAUGCCCUGGUCACCAUCAAUGGGAGACACGUCUCAGCGACCAUCUCCAGGGCCUCCCGCACCCCGCGACAUGGAUCGGGUCGGGAUGCGGGAUCGCGACCCGCGGCUUGAGGACCCCUAUGCCGGAAUGGACAGAGUCCCUCCGCCAUAUCCGGGAGACCGCGAGCGCGGGUAUGAGGACUUCUACGAUCGCGGGCCACCGGCCGACAGAAGGGCCCACCGCGGACCGCCGGAUGCCUUGGAUUGGAAUCGAGGUCCCCAAAUUCAGAUCCCACCGUCGCCGGGCGCCGACCCGUAUGGUGGCUAUGACGCCGGAUAUCCUGAUCCAGGCUAUGAUGAUGCUUACGACCGGGCUCCUGGCCACAUGCGCGAUGACCCAGGCCGUGGAUUUGGGGGGUACCCAGACAGAGGUCCUGCCUUUUCUCCGGAGGAUGAUCGCUACGAUCGCAUGCGCAGGAGCCCAGGUGGAGGUGGCGACCCAUGGGGAGGCGUUGGCCUCGAUCAAGCACUCCCGAAGCGCGGGCCAGCGCCCAACAACGUGGCGCGGAUCUAUGCCGAGGAGCGCCCGGCGCCGAGUCUGCGGAGUCCGGGCGCUGGACCGCCGCAGAGCCCGCAGCGAUACGAGCCGCAGAUGAUGGAGCCGGACUAUGGCUAUGACCCGCCGCCAUCGACAACAUCCAGCAAGGGCGGGCGAGCCAACGUGCGCGAUCCCAACGCUGGCUCCUUGGGGGGCUUGUUCGGCAGCGAACCGCGAGAUCCACCGCCCAGGAGGGAGCGAAAGGACCCUCGAGACUACCCGGAGCCGGUUCGAGAGCAACGAGGGCCGAACCGGGUGCGGGAGAGCCUGGAUUGGGAUCCACGCGAUCGACACGAUCCUCGGGAUCACGACCCACAAGAACCCCGGGAUUCACGGGAUCCACGCGACUGGGAUGUGCGGGAUCCGCGCGAUCGGGAUCCACGGGAUAUGCGAGAUCCACGCGACAUGCGGGACAUGCGAGACCCUCGCGAUAUGCGGGACAUGCGAGAUCCACGAGAUAUGCGGGAUGCACGAGACCCGCGAGACCUGCGGGAUGCGCGCGACCCGCGUGAGAUGCGUGAUGUCCGCGACCCGUGCGAGGAACCGGAGGAGGCUGCUGGCCCCUCUGGUGGUUGGCGGGGUGAUCUCUUCGACGACGGCCCCAAAGUGCCGACAAUGCCCCGCCCCAACGGAGGACGGCCAUCGAAGGGUGGAGCAGGCUUCCGAGACAUGGAAGCCGACUUCCGGGAGGAGGAAGAGGAGCCAGAGGAGAAACGUUUCAAGGAGCCGCCGGCGCCUGCGAGGCCCGCGCCUCGCUCCCGGCGGCAGCCAGCGCCAGCGGAUGACAGCUGGGGCGGCCAGUCCCUGGGCGAUGCCCUGGCACCGAAGCAGGCGACUCCAUCUGGAUCAACUGCAACCGGAGGUGCAGGUGGCAGUAGCAGCAGCAGCGUGCGCAGCGGAGGGCAGAAGUCAGGGGCGCCAGCAGGUGCUGACGGGAAAUCCGCGGAUUGGAUUACAACCUGGGUGCGUUCCCUGCCGGAGUCCCACGUGCCGGAGAAGAUCCGGGAGGACCUGGCGGGGCUCAUUGCGGAAGGGCAGAUGGAUGGGCGAGCGUUCUCAGAUUAUGUCCAGAAAGUGCCGCCAGAGGUCUGUGCGCCGAAGCAUGCGAUGAAGCUGAAGGCUGCAUGGGCUAACGUCCUGAAAGAGGCGGAAGUGGCAGAGAUGGCCGCUGCUUGCGCAGUCUCAACCAAGCCUGCGCAGAAGGCUACGAUGAUAGUUGUUUGAGCUGAAGAUGUUCUCUUGGGAGGCAGCAGUUGCUGAGGGGUGAUAGCACUGGCUGCUUCACUGCCUUCAUCCAGGGCAGUGAGUGCCAAAAAUGAUGUUUCGCUGUUGCGUCCAGAGCAGGUCAGUCUUUACUGACAAGAGGUUGUUCCAUAAGCUGUGAU